AUGGCUGAAAACGCUGAUUGGAAUGAGGAGAAUACUAGACUUCUAUGUGAGUUGUUUGCUGAACAAGUGAGAGCACACAAUCGCAGUGGCACUCAUGUUAACAGGACUGGGUACAAAAAUGUUAUGGAAAAGUUUAAGGAGAAGACUGAAUUGGAUUAUAGCAAGCUGCAAUUUAAGAACAAAUGGGAUAAGAUGCGGAAAGAGUAUGGUAACUGGAAACGAUUGUCCAGGGAAACUGGGUUAGGAUGGGACCCUAUCAAGAAGAUAUAUACUGCACCUGACUCUUGGUGGAAGAAGGAAAAUAAGGUAUACAAAGGAAUUGCCAAGUUCAAGGAUGGUCCUCUUCAGCAUGAAGAUUUAAAGACCAUUAUGUUUGAAGACAUUCGGAACACGGGAGAUGAUCAUUGGUCUCCUUCAAGUGGUGCUGCUCCUAACACUCAAGACACCGAACCUGAUGAUGACAAAGAUGAAGAUUACGAGGCUAACGAAGCCAGUGAUGAUUGUCAUGAGAUCUCCCCUGAACCUUCGAAAGGAAAGCGGCCUGCACCUAUGUGA